AUGCUUUUGCGCAUCCUCACCGACAACCCUAAUAUCACUACGUUUACCCGCAACUUUGACAAGAAGUUUGUCGACGUUGUCAAGGAUCUUCUCAAAUAUGCCAAGGACCCCAGCGUCCGCACGAUCCUUGUCGAAACCCUCGACUCCUUCGAGUACGCAAAGAGCUACGACGAGGGUUUAGCCCUACUGAUAGAGAUGUGGAAGAAGGAUAAGAGCAAGAUCUACAAAAAUUAUGGCCUCACGCCUCGAACCCUCAACGCCCCCGCUUUCCAGCCCGUUCCUCAGGACAGCCACUUUAACGGCACGCAGGGAGCCGGCCACCGCACCUCGCGCCUGCCUGACCCCGUCCAGCUAGCCGCCCGUCUUGAAGAAGCAAGCACGUCGGCUAAGCUACUUACUCAAGUGGUUUCCCAUUCGGAGCCGCGUGAGCUUCUCGAUAACGAUCUCGUAAAAGAAUUUUCGGGCCGAUGCCAGCGGGCGUCCCGGUCCAUACAAGGCUAUAUGACGGCGGAGAAUCCUGCGCCGGACAACGAUACGAUGGAAUCGCUCAUCAACACGAACGAGCAGCUGCAAAGCGCACUCAACCUCCACCAACGGGCCGUGCUAAGCGCCAAGAAACAGCUAGGCAUCGUCUCUUCUCACUCGCCUGCCCAGCCAGGAACGCCUAGUCCUGAAGUGCCCCUCAUAUCGGGCGCCAAUAACCCGUGGGUGGGCAACGACGGCAACGAUGCGGGUAUAGGUGGUGUUGGGGCAAGCCGCAGCAACAGCGGAGCCCAGGGCUCGUCAUCGCGGUCAGACCUACCACCACCGCCUCCGCCCCGAGAGAAGAAGGGGAAGGGCGCGGUGACGCCUUAUGCCGAGGAGCCUCGAGAUCCGUUUGCUGAUCCGCACGAUGAGGCAGCAGGGCCGGCGGCUGGUGGCAGCGGCAGUGGCAAUGGUGGUGCCGGUAAGGCGUCCAUCGCAGGCGAUGAUCUACUCCAGCUCAACUCGUUCCACGUCGACUUUGACGCCUACAAGCCCUCGGGAUUGGAGCCAACAAGCAAUAAUCGCGUGGGCAAAGGUUCUGGAGCGGCGGAUGACGACGACAUUUAUGACUCAGCGCCGAGGACGAAAGCAGGCGGCGCAAGCGGUAGCUGA